CCGGCCCUGCAUCCGCUUCUUCAGCACCUGAGCUCUCUCUCUCUCUCUCUCUCUCUCUCUCUCUCUCUCCCUUGCAGAGAAUUGCUCCUCAGUGAGCUACCCAUCAGCAGAAGCAGCAAAAGGAGGUGGAGGAGAGUUGCUGUCUCCGUCCGCGGAGAGGGCCAUUGUGGUCUGGUACUCUCAGUGGCAGGAAGAUGGCCAGCGGCAACGGCAUAUCUGACAGGAGUGCGCUGGUCUCUCCCCACGUCGAGGAUGAGUACGGUGAGAUCUUCAGGAGCUUUACCAGACGCAUGAAGGUGCCCGCCGUGCCGUUCCUCGAGUUCUCGACCGACUUCGAUGGUGGCAUUGCUGAGAUCUCCGGUGACUCGUACUCCGACAUCUUCGGUGGUUUCGGCUGGGAUCUCGCCGUGUCAUUGGAGGAGUUGAUCGGAGGAUUGAUGGCCGGAGUUGGAAGGAAGGACGCUGAGGAGAAAGCCAGAGGCAAUGGAGAAAAGAAGCCCUUAGAGAAGGUUCCCUCCAGACUUCAUAGUUUUUCUGCGGAACAGAAAAUUUAUAGUUCAGAAAAUAUUUCGAUGGCAUCCAAUCCUGCCUCUGAACAGUUGCAUGAUGAAGAAAAGCCGUUUCCCAGGUCAUACAAAAUGACGGAUCCUCCAGACAAAGAGAAUUGCAUGAAUAUAAUACAUGCUGCGGAGGUUGAUUCUGUUUCUAGGUAUAUUUCUGCUGUAGAUGGUAACUUUUGUUCUUUGGAGAAUCACAACAGUGACAUUCAAGAUGCUGUUGCAUAUAGUACGUGUACUGUUUCUAAUGUCUCUGAGGAGGUAAGUGAAAUAAAACCUACAACAACAAUCUUGUAUGACUCUUCUAGCAGCAGUUAUCUGCCACACAUGCAUGGGAAUAAUGGGAAGCAAGAUUCCUCUAACACUGACACUAAGUCUCAUCAUGUGGAAUAUGCUCCUUCUACUUGCAUUAAUUCACAUUCCCAUGCUGACUUUCCUGAACGUGGUAUUGAUGAGUCUGAUUCAAGAGAAGUAUUUUUAACUGUUGCUGAGAUUAACCUUCAGACACAGCCCACUCAACUGCCACCACCUUCAAGACCACCUCCUAGAUUAGAUAUUAAGCGAGAUUCUAAGAAGGAUUCCAGCACAAACAAUUGGCGUGAGAAUCAUAACUUGGCAAACAGCAAUACUGGAUACCAUAGGAUGGCUGCCUCAGAAACUCAUGUAAUUGAAGUUGCUCUAAAACCGAGCUUAUUGCCAUGCUUAGAUGUUGAAAUGGAUGCAAAUUCAGCUGCUUCUGCCUCCACGGCUGCACUGAAGGAAGUCAUGGAUGAAACAAGAACUAAAGCAAAAAUUGCAAAGGAAUCGAAUGAAAGAAGAAGAGACAUCCUAGACAACCAAAAAUUUUUGGAAGCAAGCGAGGGAAAAAGAGGCAUGGAACGAAAGAAGAGUGAAGCUGAUCGAGGAUUCUUCACUUUCACUCCAAAGAUGGCUCCCAGGGAAACGAAACAUGGUGGACAAGAAAAUAGGCAAGCGAAGACAAACCCUCCUAUGGAGGCUCUUGAGCUCCGUCAAGAGCACAAGAGUUUUUACCCUGGCCAUGGAAAUGAGGAGAAAAAUUUUAAGGGAUCAAGUGCAGUAAAAGGAUUUGAUUGGCAGAAGAUGAUGAUAACUCUAGAUAAUGGUGAUCAUGGAGAAGAGGACAAAGGAAUGAUGCCUCCAGAAGAAAAUUUCAUACUCCAAGAGGGGGAAAUGAGGUCUUACCUUGCUCAUAUCUACAGGGAGAAACUGCUUGGGGAAGGAUCGAAUGGAGUCAAAGGGUCCAGUAUGUGGGGAACAGAAAAAAGAGAACAUAAGCUGGAUGAAGCUCAGGGGUGGGAUGUAAAGGAGAAAACACUGAAUCCUGCUGCCGUAACAUAUGAAAGGAAAGAAGCUGGAAAUAAACUGAUGUCAGUUCCAAAGAUCCAAUGUGGGGAGGGAAAUAUUGGAAAAAGGAAAAAAGAUGAACUGUGUAAAAAGGCAGGUCAGGAGAUUCAGCAAGAGGGAGUAAAGGAGAAGAAAAAAUCCCCAAAGCAAUGGAAAACAAACAAAGAAGCACAAACAGUGGCAGCAGCAUGGGGGACUAAUGCACAAGAGGAAAAGGAACAUAGAUUAGAAACUGUUCAAGAAUUUGGAAAGCAGGAACAAGUGCAGAGCAGUAGGGAGAGGUUGACCAAGAAUCCUGCUGAACAAGAAGAAACAGUUAGGUUAAGAAUGGAUGAGAAGGCUUAUUGGCAUGAAAAAAGUGACAAGGUAUUUGAAGUAUUUCAGGAUGUCAAUGGAGCAACAAGCAAAACUCAGAAUGCAGCUAAAUUAAUUUUCAAGCAGGAGACUGAUGAUAGGGAAAAGGGAGUGGCUCAGCGGCUCAUGGAUGAAAAUUCAAGAACUACAGAGCAGGUAAGAUACUUCACUGAAACACCUGAAAGAGAACAAAACGAAAAAGUGCAGUUCGACAAAGAGAGUCUGGAAACGGAAGCACAAAAAGAAAUGGAUGAGUUGUGGAGGCUGGAAGAAGAAAUGGAGAAGUUGUGGAGACUAGAGGAAGAAUUGGAGGAUGGAAGAGGCAAGGGUAGAGAUAAUGUAGAAUUGGCAACUCAAAAUGCUAAUGAUAAAGUCAUUGUUGAAGUCUGCAGUACUGUUGAAAUAGCAGCUGUAGAUAGAGAAAUCGCUGAAGUUCAAGAAACAGCAAAUGCAGAGACCUGCAAAAAAUCAGAAGAUGCUCAAGCUGAAUUCUAUGAAAAAUUACAAGAAGAAAAAGCUUCUAGUGGGCCUGUGCUUAUUACAGUACAAGCUACUCAAGACGGUGCAGCAGCAGAGAAUUGGGAACAACCAGUUAGUGAUAUUAUCAGGGAAUCUACUGCUGAAUCAACAGAGUUCAUGCAACAGGCAGUUGCUGAGAUGGUUGCCAGUUCAAUAGGAGAUAAGCAGGAAAAAGAUGAUGAACCUGACCUGUGUAAUGGGACAAGCUUAAGCAUGAACAGUGAAUGGCGCAGCCCUAUGUCUGAUGUACAGAACUUCUCAUACGGUGUUUCAUUUGAAGUGGCAACAGAGAAAAGACAAAAAGCAAGGUUAGAGAGGUGUAAGCGUACUGAAGACCGGAUGGCAAAAGCUCUUGCAGAAAUGAAAGCACGGGAUAUUCUUGUGGAAAAGGAGCAGGCAGAACGAAAUAGAUUAGCAGAAGUUCUUGAUUGUGACAUUAAAAGGUGGUCAAAUGGAAAGGAAGGAAACUUGCGAGCAUUGCUCUCGACGUUGCAAUAUAUCCUUUGGCCAGAAAGUGGCUGGAAUCCUAUUCCACUGACUGAGGUGAUAACAUCUGCUGCUGUAAAAAAAGCAUAUAAAAAGGCUACGCUUUGCCUCCAUCCUGACAAGGUUCAACAAAAGGGUGCAAGCAUUCAACAGAAAUAUAUCUCUGAGAAGGUUUUUGAUUUAUUGAAGGAGGCAUGGAACAACUUCAACUCCGAAGAGCGGUAAGAAACAUCGGGUAUCACCUCUCCGAGUUAAAGCUGGCAUCAUGGAGACAAUUGGGCGGCUGUGUUUCAUCGCAUUAACAUUUCAUACGGUAAACUAUGAAGCACUAUUAAAGCAUUUUCUUUGCCGCCGCUGUAAUGAAGUCAAUCAUGGCCACACUGGGAUCAUGUGGAGAUGGUGGUGUUCAUCAUGCCAAUUUAGAAAGCUCAUCGCUAACCCCACAUUCUAUGAUGCAAACAGGUAUCUUCUGAAUAACUCGUGAUUUAAUCUGCAGUUCAGCAUUUUAAUCAAAUGGCAGCAGAAGGUAUCAUGUAUUCUGAAUGACAUAAGCUGUGAAGGCAUAAGAGGUUGGGAUCGAUGUAUACUGGUUCACCCAUAAGGACCAAAAGAAUAUCUCAGCCUGCAAAAUUGUAAGAAUAAUUAUAAGUAGGUUAUUUAUAGUCCUGAUAAACUUCGUUACAUAACCUAAAAGGGGCUUACAUGUUACUGCCUGAACAUAACGGAAGCACCAUAUAGCAUUCUCUGUUCUUUC